AUGUCUGCCUUGCCAUCAUCAGAAAAAAUCACCACCACCCUUCUCAGAUUAAACCCAAAUAAAGCCCGAGUCCCUGAUGGUCUCACCUCUGGAUUCUCUAAAGCUUAUUGGUCAAUCAUUGGCCUUGAAGUCUUAUCCUCUAUUGGCACUUUCUUUACUACUGGUUUCUUGCUUGUGGUCGCUAACUCCACCAUUCUCUCCCUUGUCCCCAAACACCCUGGAGCCUCAGCAAUAUCUGAAUACCGCCAUAUCUCUUGCUGCUCCACCAUAUACAAAACCAUCUUGAAAAUCCUUGUUGCCAAACUUAAACCCAUCCUAAAUGAACUUAUCCUCCCCAACCAAACAACUUUUGUGCAAAGCCGACUCCUUAUAGAGAAUACCAUUCUAGCUACUGAGGUCGUUGAUGGUUACCAUAAGCAACUAGGACCUCCCAGAAUCACCCUGAAGGUUGACAUAGCAAAGGCAUUUGAUACUCUGAGUUGGGACUUCCUCUUCAUUUGCUUGAGUACUCUGCAGCUCCCAUCAACUUUUAUUCACUGGCUGAAAGCCCGUGUAUGCACUCCCUCCUAUACCAUCGGCUACAAUGGGACAGUUCAAGGCUUUUUCAAAGGUCGACGUGGUCUUAGGCAAGGUGAUCCCGUUUCACCUUACCUAUUUGUUGUUGCUAUGAACUGUUUAUCGCAGAUGUUGAACAGAGGUGCAGAGGAAGGGAAGUUUGGCUACCAUGCCAAGUGUUCAUCUUCGAAGCUCACCCAUCUUUGCUUUGCAGACGACCUCCUCAUCUUCACUGAUGGUAAAUUCAGCUCUGUUCAAGCGAUCCUAGCUAUCCUAGAUGAGUUUGCUGCUCCCUCUGGCCUAAAGAUCAAUCUCCAGAAAACUUCUUUUGUGUCUUGUGGUGUACCCCUGCUCUCUCAAAAACUAUCUAUGCACCACUGUGCUCCGCUGAUCCAACUUAUUAAGAGCAAAGCCUGCAUCACAAAGAUAAACUCCCUCUGUAGCUCCUUCUUAUGGCAUGGCUCAUCUGAUGCUGGCCAUUCCACAAAGGUUGCUUGGGAAAUGGUUACGCUCUCAAAAGAUGAAAGAGGUCUUGGCUGUAGAGACUUGAGAGCUUGGAACACGGCUUGCACACUAAAACUCAUUUGGCUUCUCUUCAAAACCUCGGGCUCCAUUUGGGUUGUGUGGUUCAUCAAUGAAAUUCUAGGAGGUGAUCUAUCAAGGUUCUGGAUAAUAAAAUCAAGGCAAUGCUUCCCUUGGCUUGUAAAGAAACUGCUGGGACUUAGAGAUAUAACUUUCGGCUGGAUCAAAGUCAAAGUGGGAUCUGGAGCUCGGGUGCGUUUCUGGUCAGAUAACUGGGCUCCUGUGGGUGCUAUCUCUGAUUACUUGGCCCCCUCCACUUCCAAUUCGAUGGGCAUACCUCAAAACGCCACUCUACAAGAUAUCUACCACAACGGUACAUGGCGAGUACGACCUGCGAGAUCGGACAAACAGGUCAUGGUUCAAGCUCUACUAUCUUCUCUUACUUUGACAACAGAACCGGAUUCUAUAAUUUGGUAUGUGGAGAAUUCAAUCUGGGAAAAAUACAGCACUGGUGGAAUCUACAAUGUACUAAAGAGCCAUGGUAAUAGGGUACCUUGGAGUGGAAUCGUCUGGAGUAAAGGUGGAAUCCCAAAACAUAACUUCAUGGCGUGGCUAGCUACGCUGAACCGUCUACCCACUAAGGAUCGCCUGCUUCAAUGGGGCCUUAAUAUAGACCCUAAAUGCCUUCUCUGCUCCACCACUGAUGAGUCUCGAGAUCACCUUUUGUUCGAGUGCCACUACUCUGCUUCUCUCUGGUCGUGCUUCUCCACGCGACUAGAUCUCACUUUGCCGCCAAAUUAG